AUGUAUGAUCAAUACACCUGGGUAUUUGCGCUCUCUGUGAUCGUUGCAUUCUUUGCAGCGUUCGGAAUCGGGGCCAACGAUGUGGCCAACUCCUUCGCAUCGUCCGUCGGGGCGAAAGCACUCACGAUGGUCCAGGCUCUGCUCGUGGCGGCAGUUUGCGAGUUUGCGGGAGCCUCUCUGCUAGGAGCAGGAGUAACAGACACGAUCAGGUCAAACAUUGCUAAGGUCGGAGUGUUCACCUCAACACCGGACCUGCUCAUGUGGGGCAUGUUUUCUGUCAUGAUCGCUGCAGCCUUCUGGGACAAUCUGUCUUGCCACUUGGAGCUGCCCGUCUCAACCACCCACACCACAGUCGGGGGAGUUAUUGGAAUGGCUCUGGUGCUGAAGGGGGGUUCUGCGGUGGUCUGGUCUGCCCACAAACACGACUUCCCCUACUUCCAAGGCGUCUCGGCGAUAGUGGCUUCGUGGGUGAUCAGCCCAAUCUGCUCGGCAAUCAUCGUGUUCAUUCUCUUCGGCCUAAUCCGCGCAUUUGUGCUUCGCUCCGAGCACAGCUUCACCCGCGCAUCCUACGUGCUGCCGUUCCUGGUGGCGCUGACCUUCUUUGUCAUUGUGGUCUUCAUCAUCCAGACCGGCAACAAGAACAAGACCUGGGAGCCGGCGGUCUCGGAGGGAAAGUUGGCCUGGAUUGCAGCCGUCAUUGGCGCCGGCAUCGGGCUUCUGUGCCUGUUUGUCCUGAUGCCCUAUCUGCGCAAGAGGGGCGCGCGUUACAACGUGCACACAGUGCUGGACACGCAGGCGAAAGAGUACGAUGCCGGCGUGGCCGCCAUCUGGGAAAAUGCAGAAAAGUUCGACCCCAAGACCGAGCGGCUCUUUCGCUACCUGCAGGUCUUCUCAGCGAUGGUGAUGUCAUUCGCUCACGGCAGCAAUGACGUGGCAAAUGCCAUGGGCCCGUUCUCGGCAGUCUACUACAUCUGGGACCAUCAGACCGUGCCAACCAAAGCACCGGUGCCGGAGUGGAUCCUGCUGCUGGGGGGAGCAGGCAUCGUGGUGGGCCUCGCAACCUACGGCUACAAGAUCAUGCGGGUGCUGGGAGUCAAAGCGGUGAAGCUGACCAACUCGCGCGGAUUCUGCCUCGAGCUGUCCACCUCCGUCACCGUUAUUGUCGCCUCCCGCUACGGCCUGCCGGUGUCCACCACUCAGGUGCUGUGUGGCGCCAUUCUCGGCAUCGGGCUGUUUGAGGGGUCCAAGGGAGUCAACUGGAGAAUGAGCGCCAGGGUGUUUGGCGGCUGGGUGAUGACAAUCUUCAUUGCCGGCCUCGUGGCAGCGUUCUUCACAGCCAUCGGAGUGUUUUCCCCAAACAAGGUGGCCUCCAACGAUAACGUCACCAUUACUAACCUGCUCAACUCCGACACACUCAAGAUGAUUCGCCAGAUUAACGACUCGUCGGCAGCCGCCGGCAACGCCGCUCUCGGCGCGCAGCUGACGAACCUGAACAAGACGCUGACUGGGCUGAGCAAGCCGGGGGUGCACUAUCCGCUGGAAGCUUCUCAGCUGACUAACCAGACACUCACCCUCUAUAACAACACCCUCGUGCUGCCCGCUGUGCCCGGCGGCUGA